GCCUACUUAAUUUGAAAAGAACAAUGGUAGGAAAAGCUAGAUCUUCCAAUUUUACCUUAUCUGAAAAGCUUGAUUUGUUAAAGCUUGUGAAGCCAUAUGUUAAAAUUCUGGAAGAACACACUAACAAACAUUCAGUAAUAGUGGAAAAGAAUAGAUGUUGGGAUAUCAUAGCAGUUAACUAUAAUGCAAGUGGAGUAGACCGCCCUCCUCGAACAGCGCAGGGCCUACGCACUCUUUACAAAAGGCUCAAAGAAUAUGCCAAACAGGAGCUAUUGCAGCAAAAAGAGACCCAAUCAGAUUUUAAAAGCAAUAUUUCUGAGCCAACCAAGAAAGUUAUGGAGAUGAUUCCCCAGAUUUCCAGUUUUUGCCUGAUAAGAGACAGGAACCACAUACAAAGUGCAAACUUGGAUGAGGAAGCACAGGCUGGUACAAGUUCACUGCAGGUAAUGUUGGACCACCAUCCAGUUGCUAUUACAGUGGAGGUGAAGCAAGAAGAAGACAUUAAGCCCCCUCCUCCACUGGUUUUAAAUUCUCAACAGAGUGAUACUUUAGAGCAAAGAGAAGAACAUGAAUUAGUACAUGUUAUGGAAAGAUCUUUGUCACCGUCACUUUCCUCUGUUGAUAUGAGAAUGACAUCGUCUCCAUCUUCUAUCCCAAGGAGAGAUGAUUUUUUUCGGCAUGAAAGUGGAGAAAAUUUUAGGUCACAGUUAGGGUAUGAUCCUCAGAUUCUGCAAAUGCUGAAAGAGGAGCAUCAGAUAAUUUUAGAAAAUCAAAAAAAUUUUGGAUUAUAUGUUCAGGAGAAGAGGGAUGGAUUGAAAAGAAGGCAGCAGCUAGAGGAAGAGCUGCUAAGAGCAAAAAUUGAAGUGGAGAAGCUGAAAGCAAUUCGCUUACGGCAUGAUCUAUCUGAAUAUAAUAGUCUCUAAGAUUUUUUUUGCAGUCUUGCAAUUUGAUAAUUUUAAUUUUGGCCAAAUUACUUUCAUUUGGGAAUAUCCUGAAGCAGAGUACAUAUUCUUUUUUUUUUUUGUGGCCAUGCCGCACGGCAUGUUAUGAUCUUAGUUCCCUGACCAGGGAUCGAACCCACACCCCCUGCAGUGGAAGCACAGAGUCUUAACCACUGGACCACCGGGGAAGUCCCAGAGUACAUAUUCUUAAAAAAUAUUGUUAAUCUCUAUUAUGAAAAAGGCUUUUUUGACAGGAUUUUCUAAUUAAUUAAUUUUCCUUUGAUAUAUAUUAAAACGCUGAUUGGUAUGGUUAUAAAUUUUUUUGUCUUCCUCUAAUUUUUUUCCUAAGAUGUUUUAAUUGUUGGCCUUACAAAAGAUGUUUUAUUUUGGUUAUUAACAUAUAUAUAAAUAACAUAUAUAAAUACAUAAGUAUUCUUUCAAAGUUCUGAAUCUUCAGCAUUUUUAAUUAGCACUUUGAAAGCUGUAUGUAGUUCAAAGUUUUUAAGUCAAUCUAAUUUAGAAGCAAUACUAGCCUAAUAGAAGCUUGUCUGUAUGACAUUGAUUUUUAUGCUUUCAUUCUUUGACAGAGUAAGUCCUAGGAUUUUAGGGAUGGAAGGUAUUUGGAGAACACUUUUUCCCACCUCAGUUUUGAGGUAAUGAAACCGAGGUCCAGGGAGAACUCAAUGAUUUACUUGAUGUAACAAAGCUCUUUAUGGCAGAGCAAUGACCAGCACUCAGUUUUUGUUUCUCUGUAAUUUUUUUCCCCCUGCCAUUCCACAGAAGUAAAAAUCCACAAAAAUAUCCUACAUGUUAAAAAAUUAGAAACAUUUAUUUCAUUAAAAUUGCUUUUAAAAAUUGGUGGGUUAUGAAAUCAGGGGAAUUGUGUCAAUUACCCCCUUCCUCCUCCUCCUUUUUUUGUCCAGCAAAAUAAGAUAUUCUGUUGGAGCUGUUAUAUAUUUUGACUACAAGAUUUAAUACGUCAAUUCAUUUGCAAUGUCUUAGUCUGAAAAAGAUUUCUUUCACAGUAAAAUCACAGUAAAAACUUAAAUGAACAAAAUUAAAAUUUUAU